UACGGUUUAUUCGAGUAUUUGCUGUGCCUACGAACGGACGACACUCGUGAAAGCAACGCGAAGUGGCAACGCAAAGUCAAGAAAAUAAAAGUAGUGAGUUCAAGAAUAACAAUAGAGGCAGAGAACGUCGCUAUUAAUAAAGCAAAAAAAAAAAUAAUAUUCGUAAUAAUUAAAAUCAAUAAAAACAACUGAAAACGCUAAUCAAUAAUUAAUAAAGAGGUGCAAAUCACAGCUAAUUCAAUAAAUAUAAUAGCACAGAGGGACACAGAAAGAGAGAGAGAAAGAGAGAGCGCAAAAUCAUGUCAGACGACAGUUUGGACGGUGAUUUGAACAGCGCCACUUCAAGUCCCGAAAAGCGACGCUCGACGGUACCCGAUAUUUUACCACAUCAACGCAGUUUCGAGAAACGCUAUAGUCACAUGAUUCAUAAGCAAAUACUGGAGACGGGCGUGAAUAAGGAGGCGCUGCAGCGUCAAAUCAAUGCAUAUUUCUCCUGUGGUGGCGCAGGCAGCAGUGGUGGUGGUGGUGCCAGACACCGACAGAGUUCCACUCAGGAAGAUGUGAAUGAAAAUGUGACAGAACCUACAGCUAAGGGUGAGGGACAAGUGGCGCAGGAGCGUGUAAAGCGCACUGGAGAGGAGAGUAGAAGGACGUUGGAUAAAGCAGAAACUGUGGAUAUAGCUGAUUUGCAGGGCGCAAAAGUUUCCGGUGAUUUGUAAGAGAGCUAUGCAUAGUUACUUUUUUAAGUUGUAUAUAGGGUGAGCCGUUUAUGUUUUUAAUGCAAACAAAUUGAAAGUCAAAAAGUAUUGGUAUUGAAAAUAAUACAUUUUCAAAAGCUAUAUAACUAAAUAAUUAUUUAAGUGCCGUAUUGGAAUAUUUUGUCCACUAUUAAUUUUCAAAAUGUUUUCGAUGUUUAAAUCAAAAAUUUAAAGCAUUAUAUACAUAUAUGUAACAGUAUUGGGUAUUGUCUGGCGUUGCCGAAGAUUUUUGUGCUUAAAAUUUCUCAAAUCAAAAAAAAUAAUUAAUUUUGAUGAAUACAGGUAAUGAUCGAUAGACUAGUCAAAAUUUUGAUUUUUGACAAAGUGUCGGCUUCCCAAAUAAUGUCGGUUUUGGUGAAGAAAACUUCAGUGUGGCUUAAAAAGGUAGAAAUUACUAUCAAAUUUUUUUUUUUAAUUUACGUCUAAAUAAAGCUUAACAUAUAAUAAUUUUUGGAAA